AUGGAGCAAGGAACAGAUGCUGCUUCGAUUAAACCCGUCUCGUCUCUAAGAUCUCACUUCGAGGGUCUCAAGAUCAACCACCCGCAGCCUGACACUCGCGGGAAUAUACCUGCAUCUCCGCAGGCAUUGAAGCCGAUCGACAGGCCCAGCCCGCUGCCGCCUCAAAGAGCCUCUUUUGACCUAUCGCGGCCGACAUCGCCAUGGGCGGGUGCUGGAGGCGGGCAUACCAACUAUGCAGGACCACAAACCCCCGUCAAGGGCACCGAAUCACCCCCCAAACCUGGCCACCGGCGGCCCAUGUCCAUGCUUCUACAAUCCUCCCCGCAGCUCACUCCCUCGGUCAAGAUAGACUCGCCGCGGUCGCCGCCGCGCACAUUCUUUGAGCGGAGCGCUUCCAGAUCUCCCGAGCGGGUGGACAAUACUCCGUUCGGGAAGGUGCGCGAACUCAUUUCCCAACACUCGAGUCGCUCUUCGACCCCGGCACCUAGAGCGCCGAGUGUAGAUCGUUCUGACAUAGCGAAGAGUUUGGACACCACACAUUCUGGUACUGAAUCACAAGAAGACAAGCCGAAAACUGGUCCUCCCCCGGUCAAUCGAGCGGACAAGCCCAAGAUCCCGGCCAAGCCAUCCGUGAUAUCGAUGCCAGGUGGCAAUGUGUUGAAUCCGGAGCCCCGAAGACCUUCCUUUGAGGCACGAAUAUCACCAUUCAGUACACCGCCCAGCAGUGAUGAGAACUCUCCAACGCAAAGUCCCGACAUUUUACCCCCAUCAUCCUUUGCGAAGCCCUCGGCGCCUGCAACAGCACCGACCAGAGCGAUUCCCUCCCAAGUCCCUGCACCUGAGGCCAUCUCCGCACGACCAAAGGAUGCGCGAAUGCUUGGAUUCUCAAGCGCGCCGUCGGGCCCCGAAAGAAAGGACCCUAGGACUUUGGGAUUCACGGCACUUGAGCCACGGCCGCCCAGUCGCGGAUCGAACCUUCCAUCAAGAGCAAAUACUGUCUCUGAGAAGCCUACUAGAGAUCCUCGUGAGCUAGGCUUAUCAAAUGGCAAACCAACACAGCGCCACGUUUCAGAGACCCUUCGCCACACCCCUCCACCCCCGCCUCAGGUGGCUCCCGCACAGCCUCCCCGGGCGAACACCAUACGUGAUGCUCGUCUGCUUGGCUUCUCUGGUGCCCAGCCAUCGUCAGUGGAAAAGAUUGCAGAGGAGCCACAUCCUAGUCUACCCCCCCGAAGAACCGCUGAACCUCCUCCGCGACCGUCCAAUGAAUCCAAGAAUCCAACACGGCCCGUACAAACACCAAGCCAUGUCGCGACUCCGGACCGUUCGAAGAAGCCUCCGCCCACACAGCAACCCAUACGAGCGCCCACCUUACCUGUAGAGCAAUACUUCCCGCCGCCACCGAAACGUGCAAGCGUUGAUGAGCGAGUGCUUCACCAGCCGAUGCCCACUCACAGGGCUCAGACAUUUGCAGGUGAUUUCUCGAGGCGGCCUAUGGCAAAUCUGAAUGCCGAAGACUCUGAUGAUGCAGAAGAGCCAGUUGAGGAGCCAACUACCUCUCGGUCCGAGUAUCCGGACGCUACUCAUACAAACCGGCGGCCUCCGUUCAGUAAAGGCAGUCUCUGGGAGAUCGGCACAAAGUCAGAUUCUCGACUUGCUGAAGUCUGCGGGCAAUAUCUGUGUACCGCUGGCUACGUGACUCGUGUGUUUGACAUGUCCUCGGGAGAACAAAUCAUGAGCAUCAACCAUGGUGAAACCGUCAAGGUGACAGCCGUGGCUUUCAAACCCGCAGUCGAUCUCGCCGGCGAGGGUACCAGACUCUGGCUGGGCCUGAAUACUGGCGAGUUAAUGGAGGUCGAUGUCGCCACACACACGGUGACAACGACCAACUCGUCACACAAUCGUCGAGAGAUUGUGCGAAUACUUCGGAAUAAAAGGGACCUGUGGACAAUCGAUGAUGAAGGGAAACUGUUUGUGUGGAAGGCCGACGAGACAGGUGUCCCCAACCUGAAAUACAGCCAUAUCUCUCACAAACUUCCAAGGGGGCAUACAUGCUCAGUGGCGAUCGACGGCAAACUGUGGUAUGCGUCAGGCAAGGAAUUGCGAAUAUACAAACCUGGGAAUGAAAGUUCUUUCACUGCUUUGACACCACCAUUGUCCCAACACGGAAAUGGAGACGUUACCUGCGGAACUCAUUCCCACGAGGACAAGGGGAGAGCAUAUUUCGGCCAUAUUGACGGGCGUGUAUCGAUUUACUCGACCAAAGACUAUUCCACGAUUGCAAACAUCAAAGCCAGCGACUACAAGAUUAAUAGCCUGGCUUUUGUUGGAGGCAAAUUAUGGGCCGCGUUCAAAACCGGAAUGGUCUACGUCUAUGACACUUCCAGUUCGCCUUGGAAGACCCAGAAGGAUUGGAAAGCACACGAAGGACCCGUCACCCAACUGCUCUUCGACCCGAGCAGUGUCUGGACCCUUCAACAAUUGCAAGUCGUCACGAUCGGACAUGACAACUUUGUCAGGCUCUGGGAUGCUGCCCUCGAAGAUGAUUGGAUCGAAAUGGAAAUGCAGCGGCGCAGUGCCGAGUAUUGUAGGUUUCGGGACGUUCGAGCUGCGGUUAUCACCUGGAAUGUCGGCGCGUCCACGCCCGCCGAUCUGCGGGACGACUUCAUUAUUGAGGCGAUUCACGCGUACGAUCCACCCGAGAUUCUGGUAUUUGGAUUUCAAGAAGUCGUUGAUCUGGAGGAUCGUACUGUGACGGCGAAGAGCAUCUUUGGAUUUGGCAAGAAGAAAGACACCGUCAAGACAGAACAACACCAAAGUCGCGUCUAUCGAGAGUGGCGAGAUUAUCUCAGCAAGGUCAUCAGCCGGUCCACUAGUAGUCACUAUGAGUACUCAGAACUUCAUCUCUCCAGCUUGAUCGGGCUAUUCCAGUGCGUAUUUGUUCGACAGAGGGAACGGCAAAAUAUCCGAAACUUGCAAGCGGCCAGUGUCAAACUCGGCUUGAAAGGCCACUAUGGGAACAAAGGAGCGCUCGUCACACGUUUCAUACUGGAUGAUAGCUCGGUGUGCUUCAUCAACUGCCACUUGGCAGCCGGCCAGACGCAUACCUCACAUCGAAACAACGACGUCGCGACGAUCCUCGAAGCCGAAGCUCUGGAUUCGGAACGCGACCCGGAAGUGCGCAGCUCGAUUUAUAUUGGAGGCGGCGACGGGACUCAAAUCCUCGACCACGAAAUUUGCAUCUUGAACGGUGACUUGAACUACCGCAUUGAUGCCAUCCCUCGAGACGCGGUCAUCAACAUGAUCAAGCGCAAUGAACUGGACACGCUUCUGAAGAAGGAUCAAAUUAUGCUUUCGCGCCGCCGUGUAUCAGGAUUCCGUCUCGCCCAGUUCGUCGAAUUACCCAUCACUUUCGCUCCCACAUACAAAUAUGACGUGGGCACGGAUGAUUACGACACGUCCGAAAAGAAGCGCGCCCCGGCAUGGUGUGACCGGCUCCUCUACCGUGGUCCAGGACGGAUAGAGCAGCUGGAAUACCGCCGCCAUGAAGUGCGAACGAGCGAUCAUCGGCCUGUCAGUGGGGUAUUCAGACUCACGGUGAAGACCAUCGACGCCCAACGGCGGGCCAAAGUCAAGGAAGAUUGCUUUGAGAAAUUCACCGAGGUCCGCAGACGGAUGGCGGAGAAGGCGAGUGUUGACUAUUUGGUCACAGUAUUGGGUGCCGCCGAGCAGGAAGCUAGACGGCUCAUUACAGCCAAAUGA